GGCGGUUCGCCCCGUAGCUAAAAGGCGGGCGGCCGCCCCAGACACGGCAUUCGCAACACGAUGACGCCAGCAGCCUGCACGACCGCGGUGCUCGCCGUGCUACUGGCCGGUUCCUCAACUGCCGAGGCCCAAAGCCGUGACUAUAAAGGGCAGAGCCUGGACCUCCUCAGGCUCUUAGCAGACAAGCCAUGGAUGGGGCUGGGCCCACACAACCGCUGGGAUAGACCGCCCCACAUUGAGUCUGAGCUGGCCAAUGGCUACGACCCUCGCAUACACCCGCACAUCAAUCUGGAUAGCCAGCCGCAUGCCAUGGAUAGCGAUGAAGACAACUCCAACUAUGUGGACGAUGAUUUAAGGUUGAACUCGGAGAAGCGGUCGGCGGUGGCGACAGCUCUGAACUCGGGCCGGCGGAGACGGCAGCCGACGCCGGCGCUCGGUAAGGCCGUCACGCCGUAUGUCGGCGUCGGGGUUCUCAACGACGUGGGCUCUUUCUUCGACUCCCUGCGCGACAACUUAGAGGCGCUGGCUUCACUGUCUCCCCAGCAGAGGUCCAACCUGUUUCAAGACCCGCCUAAUGUUGUACAUGCUCCUUCCUCCGAUCGUUCGUGGAGGCGGACGGGACUUAUCCCGGGGCGAACCACCACGAUCCGGGCCUGCUGUGGACCGGCCUUGGGCGGUAGACGAGCCGGGCGCACCCCCUCGCGACUAAUCGCAAGCGACCAGUCGCACCACUACGCCAAACGCCCCACGCAGCACUUCGAGCCCGAGGCCGGCGUCAGACCACCACAAGUCAACAUUCGCAACGCAGACCUGAAAAAGUAUAUUAGCAUUUACGACGUCGAAUCCCUACCGCAUCUCAUGUUAGCGUUACAAGAAUUUUGUUAGUGGUACAACCGAUUGUUUAAACUCCCGGUACUGGCGAUGAGAUUGAUUAAAUAAAACUUUUGACUCAACAUUUUAUUUUCUUCCAUUAUUAUAACAACAAAACUUGCCCUGCUACCAAUUCGGUGUAGAACAUCAUAAGCAAUGUAGAGCCUUUGAAUGUUUAAUUAUGCGUGAAAGAUUACCUUUCAUCUCCACCUUUCAGGUAAUAAAACUCUACGUAAAAAACAAAGGCUCUUUAAAUAACAUCACAAUUUAAUUGACUCAUGGUCAGUACUUACCUGAGAAGUACCUAGUAGAUAAUAAACGUAUAUGUAUUUAAAAUACUUACAUAGAUAAAAGCUAUAUGAUUAUGGUUGUAGUCAAAUUAAUAUCAACGGCAAG